AUAUGAAAAUCCAAAUAAUUUUUUCAAGGUUGUUAUUUUUAUUAUUUUAAAUUAUCUAAUGUUAAAAUUCCUUUUCUUUAGUAUUAUAAGAAGUGAUAAUUAAUGAAUCAUCUUUACACAAUAACAAUCAAAUGUUUGUACUGAGUAUGUCAUAAAUGUAUUGUUUAAUCAAUCUUUUAAGAUACAAUUUUUUAUUUGUUCUAAAUAUAUAAAAUACAUAAAAGAGUACCUUCUGGGAAAAUGCCACUAAAACACACAGCACACAGAAUUCUUGACAUAAAAAAUAUCGAGAAGACUAGACCAGUGUGAUACUGUAAUUCUUAACGUCAGUGUCGAGAUCGUUAUACUGUCGCUGCGCACAUAUUAUAUGUAUCAAAAAAGCUAUGCAAUGACAGUAUAAUGUAUAAAUACAUCUCGCUUAAUGGUUAUUAAUUCACUUGCAUUUAUUUUAAUAAUCUAAUCUAAUAAUAUACUUUUAUGCUUCACAUUUGUCUUAAAGACUUCGAUAAAAACGAAUAAAAUUUUACAAAUUUAUUUUAGAAAGUAAAGACUAUAAAGGCUAUAAUACAGAUGUAUGUGCAUAGUUCAUUAUGCACUACAGUUAUAAGCAACAAAGAGAAUUAUAGAAACAUGGGAAUAAAAUUGAUGCAUGUAGAGAAGUUUUUUUUAUCACAUCCACCUGUUAUAAGAAUUUUUUAUUCGUGUAACGAUAAUGCUGGAAACUUAACGGAAAUUUAAAAAAAAAGUGGAAGCAGAAUUUUAAAUAUACUUGCAAGUUGACCGUUCGAUACUCACGAGAGGUAAUAUUGAAAGAAAUAUGAAGAAAUUUGAUGCACAAGAGGUAACAUUGAGCGCUAAAAAAAAAACAAAUGUCAGUCUUUAGACAUCAUUGAAUAUAAAAAGUUCGAAAUAUGACGGAUACGAAGGAAGAUUUUGAAUGGGCCGUGAAAUUAAACCGUUUUACUUUAAAUUUUAUUGGACUUUGGCCUAAUAUAGCACAAAAUCCUCGGCAGAAGUUAAUGUGCAAUUUUCGAGUAUUGGUAACUUUGAUGGGAUUAAUAAGCCUUCUUAUUCCCUCGAUACAUUCCUUGAUAAAAAUUUUCGGAAAUAGUUUGCUAAUGUUAGAUAAUUUACAAUUUACUUUACCAGUCAUAAGCUGCUUGAUUAGAAUAGUAAUUCUAUGGUGGAAAAAAGAAGCUAUUAUACCAAUUAUGAAUAUGAUAACGAAGGAUUGGAUAAAACUAAAAAGUAAUUCAGAGAGACGUUUGAUGAUCCGAAGAGCACAUAGUGCACGUAUAAUUAUUAUUUGCUCUUACUGCAUAAUGGGAUUAGGUUGCUUCUUUGUUGCAAUACUGCCCAUUUUUGGAGUAACAAUGAGACUAACUCCGAAUAUUACUGAUCCUGGAAAACCAAUGCCUCUACAAACAUAUUAUAUUUACGAUAUAACAAAAAGGCCACAAUAUGAAUUGACACUUAUUAGUCAAAUCAUUUACGUAGCUAUUGCCAUGAUGGCUUAUACUGGCAUAGACAAUUUUCUCAGUCUCGUAGUUUUUCAUAUAUGCGGUCAAUUAGACAUUCUCAAAAAUCGUUUACAGCAAUUGGAUAAAUAUAUAAAUUACCACGAAAUGCUAAAGUGCUGCGUAGCAAAACAUAUUCGUUUGCUUAGAGCUAUUGAUAUCAUUGAAGAUACAUAUAAUAUAAUACUUUUUUCCUUAUUUAUAUAUUUUGCGAUACUUUUCGCUUUCUAUGGGUUUCGAAUGAUUACUCUAUUCGAUGAAGGAAAUGAUAUGUCGUUUGCUCAUUUAUUAUACUUUGUUUCCACCGUUUUCAAUAUAUUUGGACAUAUGUGCAUAUAUUGCAUUCUUGGUGAAAUGUUGAUGGCCCAGUGUAAUAAAAUAUAUUACGCGGCAUAUAGCAAUAAGUGGUAUACCCUAAACACAAAAACUGUAGAUGAUUUAUUUUUUAUGAUGACAAGAGGUUCUAAACCAAUCUAUCUCACCGUUGGAAAAGUGUCUCCUGUUACAAUGGCCACAUUUUGCAGUUUAGUAAAAACGUCUGUUGGUUAUAUAUCCGUUUUGCACACAACAAGAAAUUAAUAGAAAAAAAUAUGCCAAAAAUCUUAUUAAGUUGAAGAAAGAUACCAAUAUUGGCAUAAGCUCUUAAUAAAGCGGUCUCAUCUUACUUCUCGGAAACUAAAACUUGUACUGCAUAAUUAUAAUAUAAUUUAUCUAGAUAAUUAAACUAAGAAAAAUAAUUCAUAACAUUCAUGGUUUUCUUCUAUAUAAAAUUUGCUAAAGAUAAAAUAUUCAAAAGUAAAAAAAAAUUUGCAAGAUUUUUCUCUUGCAAAUUGCAUAGUUUAAUAUAUGCAUAGUUUUAUACUAUACAUACAUAUACAUUUAUAUACAAUAUCCUUUCAAGUAUAAAUUUUUUUUAGAAUUGAGAAUGCAAACAAGUAUAUCAAAGAUUACAAUUGCUAUCGAUGAAAUUACCAGACUUGUGAUCUUUUCUCACAAAGAAAUAUACACACAACAAUGAUUUUAUAUUUUACAUUUUAAACUAUGAAGAAAAUGGAAACAAAAUUACUUUUAAUAACUUACAAAAAAAAUCCAAUAUUAUCAAAAACACACAUACUAUAUAGGUAAAAUUAUAUAAUUUAAGGAAGAUAAUCGUACAAAUUUUAUCCUUGCUUUUGAAAAUUUUGUUUUUAACCAAUUUUAUAUAGAAAAAAGCGAUAGAUGUAUGAAGUAUAAGUUUUUUGUUUAAGCACAUCAUGUUUUUAUUAGUAUAAAUACAGCAUAAUGUUUAAUUUCCCCCCAAAAAAGAUGUCGUAAAAUCCUAUGUCAAUAUUAACCACCUUUCUCUAGUAAUUUCUCAAUUAUACAUACAUAUAAGUAAUUUUAUAUAUAUACAUUAAGAAAUAUGUUUUCAAUUAGUAAAAACGUCCUAUAUAUCCGUUUUGCACACAACAAGAAAUUGAUAGAUUGAUUUGACGUUAGAUUAUGAUCUCUAUAUUUGUCAACGUAAUAAUUCGUCAUUUCUAAUAAUAUUAAAU